UGCAAUUUUACUGAUACUAAGUGUCUUCAUGACCGAGAAUUAUCCAAAAUCCUAACCCGACGAUGGCGAGUCAAAAGUUGGUGCUGGCAUUGAUCAGGGCCGCGAGGCCAACCUUCCGAAACCAAAACGACAAAAUCGCCUUUGCCGUUCACUCCUCCUUCCUCGCCUCUGGUUAUGUCCUUACAGCUACGGGUCCCCAGGCCCUCUCCGACGAUGCGUUUUCUGACCCAUCCAAUGACGAGGUGUCCGUUGAUCACUGGAACGAGCUGAACGACGAGUACGCGUUCGUUUACGCGAAUCCAGAAAAGGGUUCGGAGAAAGUGCUUGUCAAGUGCCUCGUGAUGAACGACAAAUUGCUCGUUCAUGCUUUGACUCAAGGGUCGUCGGAGCCUUUGAGCCUUGAGAUUGAUGUUGGGGAUUAUGCUGAAGAGGAUGGAGGCAGCAAUUAUUCUCAGCAGUUCAAGAAUUUGGAUAAGCUUGUGAAGAGAAUAGAUGGGGAUAUUUUGUCCAAAUUAGAUGGUUCUGCUAAAGCCAGCUCAUCAAGUAGAAGCUCGGAAACAAGUGACAGAACUAGACAAGAGCUACCUGACCCUGUUGCUGGAUUUGGUGAACCUGCUGAUCCUCCAACUCAAAUUAUUUUCCCUUCAGUUCCCAUUGGCUCUGGUAGUGAUCUUGUUCCAGGGCCUGCUGCUGGAGUGUUUCCUUCAAGGGGUGGUCAUGGCAUUGGUGGAAGCAUGCUCGUAGGGCCUAAUGACCCCCGUUGGUUUGGUGGUAUUGGUGGAGAUCCUGCUUUUCCUGGAGGAUUGCCGGGUGUUCCUCCCGGUGCACGAUUUGAUCCCUAUGGACCUCCUGGUGUUCCUGGUUUUGAACCCAACAAAUUUGCAAGGAAUCCUAGGAGGCCAGGAUACGACGCUCAUCCAGAUUUGCAACAUUUCCGAAGAGAUGCUGAUUCAGACUACAUAUAGGAUCUGUUUGGAUACAAGCACUUUGAGAGCUUUCUUACUGAAAAUAUAGUUUUUUCCCGUAACUUAAUAGCUUGUAUCCAAACAGCCUCAUAGUAUAGUUGUCGUAAUAUGUGGACAAGUUGUGUCAAGUCAAUUUACUAAAAACAACUUGAGCAAAUACUAGUUCUAUUGACAAGUUCUGCAUGCGUAUUUUCUUUCAGGGCUAUUAGUUUUAUGCGAGGACAGGGAAAUAUGUCAAAAUUUAAUUACAUAUUUAUAGUUUAAAUAAGAUCUAAGUCCUUAUAGUAUAUAUUCAUAAGAUUUAAUUA